AUGGAUCCUCCCAGAUCGAAGCUUCGACUCUACCAGGUUUGGAAGGGACGAAAUAAAUUUUUGUGUGGCGGGAGAUUGGUUUUUGGUCCCGACGGAGCAUCGAUCCUCCUGUCGACAUUUCUGAUCGGCGCACCGGCGCUGACGUUCUGCGUCGGAAUGUUACUCCGAUUGCCGGUCAUCGAAAAGAUGUACGGCCAAACUGUGUUGAUCAUCGGCCUUGCUCUUACAGUUCUGGAUUUGAUUUUUCUCUACAUGACUUCCGCGAGUAAUCCGGGGAUCAUCCCCCGGAGCUCGCGGCUGCCGGACCCGGAAAGCAUAUCGGGAUCGAUUGCGUCGAUGUCGAUGGAGUGGAUCAACGGCGCGACGCCGGGUUUGAGGCUUCCGAGAACAAAAGACGUCGUCGUCAACGGGCAUAUAGUGCGAGUGAAGUUUUGCGACACUUGCUUAUUGUACCGGCCGCCGCGCUCGUCCCAUUGCUCGAUUUGCAAUAAUUGCGUCGAGAGGUUCGAUCAUCAUUGCCCUUGGGUCGGGCAAUGUAUCGGAGUUAGGAACUAUCGGACGUUCUUCUUGUUCGUGUCGACCUCGACUGUCCUCUGUAUCUACGUCUUCACGUUUUCGCUAUUGAAUCUCAUCAAUCAACCGGAGCGUUUUUGGAGCUCGUUUUCAAAGGACGUCAUCUCCGUCGUGUUGAUCGUGUAUUGCUUCAUAUGUGUGUGGUUCGUCGGCGGGCUCACCGUAUUCCAUUUCUACCUUACUUGCACCAAUCAGACAACGUACGAGAAUUUCCGAUACAAUUACGAUAAGAAGGAGAAUCCGUACAAUCGAGGGGUUCUCAAGAACUUGAUGGAAAUAUUAUUCUCGAGAAGGCCGGGCUCUCGGGUGAAUUUCCGAGCAUGGGCCACCGAGGAGGAUAAUUCCGUGAUCGGGUCCAUAAAUAGAAGAUUUGGCGCAGAUGAUUUUCGAGCGGUGAGUGGAGCAUUGGACCUUGAGAUCGGGAAAGAAAAAGACGGGAAACCGGUUCCGUCUAUCCUACAAGACCUCGACUACGAUGGAAUCGGUGGGAGCGUGAAGAAUGGUAAGGCGAUGCCUAAUCCUUAUAUGCUUCAGAUCGACGACGAGAAAGAUACAAGAAAUGACGAUCAAGGUGACAGAAGAUGAUGAAGACAUAACAAAGGAUUCGUGUUUGUUUUGUUUGAACAACAUGUGUUGUCUUAUGGCGGGAACUCUU